AUGUAUCUACCGCGCCAGCUAAUAUCGCAUCUCUACCUCCAACUGCUCCAAUCGCACAACCCGCUGUCGCCACCCGUUCUGAUCCUCGUGGCCCUCGAACCGGACGCCCUCUGCGCCUGCCGAAUCCUCACGGCCCUGCUAAAACGCGACUACAUCCCGCAUAAGAUUCAACCCGUGGCCGGAUAUGGAGACCUCGCCCGCGCGGGAGAGGAGCUGGUCAAGCCCAUGCAGACCACGCACGGCGGGAGCGGCGGCGUGGUGAUCUGUCUCGGUGCUGGUGGCCUGGUGGACCUCAGUGAGAUUCUCUGCCUCGGGAAUCCCGAGGACGAGGUCGAGGAUAUGGGAGGGGUGGAGGUGUGGGUGUUCGAUGCGAGACGGCCGUGGAAUCUGGCCAAUGUGUUUGGCGGCGAGGCCAGUGUAGGGCAGGACGGGAACGACGCGGUCUCGCUGCGCCGGAAUACGCGCGGGGUGGAUAAGGGCCGCAUUACCCCUUCAUUUCGCGCAGGGAAGGGCGGGAUUGUUGUUUACGAUGAUGGGGAUAUCGAGGAAGAGAUGACAAAGGAGCGGGAGGCGUAUUGCGCGCUGUUGGAUAUGCCAGAGGUGGAUGACGACGAGGAGGAUCUCGGGGAGUCUGCGAGUGAGGGUGAAGCCGACCAACCGUCUAGCGAGGAUUCGAAAAAGCGCAAGUCGUGGUCAAGAGAGGACGAUGACGAUGAUUCCGAGGAUGAUGAUGGACCGCCCCGGCAACGAAGGAGGAGCAAUUCGGGAUCCUCCAUGGUUUUCUCUCCCCAUAAACGAAAAACCGGCCAUGACUCCUCCAAUUCGUCACGCUCCGUUACUCCGACCUCGAAUUCCCCUUCGCCCAAACAGCCGAAGCAACCUUCGGCACGGUCAUUGAAGCGGCGACUGCUUCAAAUGAAGAGAACGCAUGAAGGCGUGCUGCGGGAGUACUAUUCCUCGGGUACGUCAUAUGCGGAACCUAUAUCCUCUCUGGUAUACUCCCUUGCGUCCGAACUAGGUCGGGAAGACAACGACCUACUUUGGCUGGCCAUCAUUGGCGCUUCUAGCCUGGAGUUGAGUGGCCGGACGAUGUCCGGUGUUGGUAUUUCGAACGCGUCGGAAUCGGGGGGGCUAGCUGGCUGGGGCGGCGAGAGGGGUGAGCAAAUACGCCAAAUACUUCGAGAUGAAGUCCAUCGAUUAAAUCCUCCGGACCCUUAUGAACGAGAUCGCGAUAUACGGGGUGAAAUCAACGGCGUCAUCCCGACCACGGCCAGAUCACCGACAGACAAAGCCAUUCGACUAUCUCCGGAGCCUCGGUUCAUCCUCAUCAGACACUGGUCGCUGUAUGAGAGCAUGCUUCACAGCCCUUACCUGGCGUCGCGACUGCAUGUGUGGACGGAAAACGGCAAAAAACGACUCCACAAGCUUCUGGCGAAGAUGGGAAUCAGCCUGAGCCAGUGCCACCAGAAUUAUACGCAUAUGGACAUGGAGUUGAAGAGAGUGUUACGGCAACGGCUGCUCAAAUAUGCGCCGAUGUACGGAUUGAACGGAUUGGUCCCUGCCGAGGCGUCUGGACAUGCCGCUUCUCGUGAAGGGUGGGGGUUUGUGCGAUGUUGGGGCUGGAAGGCAUGUCUCUCCGCCACGGAUGUCGGUGUCAUCGUGAGUGCUAUACUGGAGGUUGGGCCGGAGGAGGCCCCCGGCUCGUGGGAUUCCAAGCGCAUAACUCGACCACGAAACGCUGCCGACUCCAACCAUGCUGACGGAUCCACCGAGUCGGAUCUGGCGAGUCUCUUGCCCCGAUUCUGGAGCGCAUACGAUGCUCUUUCUCUCACGUCCGAGUCCCCAACGCUACUUUUGGAAUCGCUCCCGCUAGCCCAACAUCUUCACCGGGCCAUCCUACGUACCGGCACGUCGCUGCUCUCGAAAUACCAGAUUCGACAUCUGCGGGCCUUCCGAAUUGCGGUCGUUAAAGACGGGCCCGAUGUGAAGCUGUUCACAAACCCGGGAGCCUUGACUAAACUGGCCCUGUGGAUUGCCGAGGCGAUCAAGGUCCAGGAGCGCGAGCGAAGCGAUUCCGUCAAGGUUGGCCGCAAGCGGGCUGCCGGUACUCCUCUCGUUCUGGCCGGACUGGACGAAGACCGUGGACUCUACGUUGUGGUGGGCACCGGUGGUGGCGGUGGUGUCAUCGACUACGCUGCGCUGAAUAAACGUCGUGAGGAGCGGAAGAAGAAGAAGGAAGCGAAAGAGAAGAAACGGAAGGAAAAGGAGGAAAGACGGGCGAAACGCGCCGCCGAGAAAGCCGCCCGGGAGGCAGACGAGGACGAAGAAGAAGAUGAUGAAGAAGACACCGAGGAAGAGGAGUCGUCCGAGUCCGAAUCCGAGUCGGAAGACGAGAAAGACACGCGCAGCAACACGUAUCUCCUUCGCAACCGAUUCGGAAUCGCCUUCCAGGAAGUGGUGCAGGAGACCAACACUCGAGUCCGGAUUGAUAGCUUCGAACACUGCGUGGUCGAAGUGCAAAAGGAGGAUCUCGGUGCUUUUCUCGAAGCACUCAGUUUCCGCAGCGUGGUGGGUUGA